UAGCGCUCGGCGGUUGUGUGUUGCAUGGCGUCCUGCGUAGUACGUACGUGUGCUUAAACUCGACGGAGCCGUUCGUCCUGCUUUCGUGCAUCGGCGAUACCGGCACCCGCAUUCGUACGGCGAGGUCCACGUCGCGAGUAGUUGGCCGUAACGAGAGUAAGAAAGGGCGACUACUAAUAUUUGAGUGGAGGAAUAGGCUGGAGUAGAGAAGCUGCGGGACGAGCUGGCGGGAGAUAGAGAGAGAAAGAGAGCGAGUGUAUGUGUGUAUGCGUAUGAGAGAGUGUAAGAGGAGCGAUAGUAGAAGGCAAGAUAUUAGCUUGGAGUACGCUAAGUGGGAGACCUCACGCGGGCUUGUUGCGUUCGCACGCAAGUAAGAUCGCAGUAAGACGAAAAAAAAAGGGCGUGGAGUUUAGCCGGGCGCGACUAAUAGGCACGCCGCUAAUCGCUGUCGUAGCCAUGGGUAAGACGCCAAAGAAGGCGGCCCCUGGGGGCGAUGAGAGGAAUUUGUACGUUCGGAGGCUCAAGGCAACGACCGCGCCGUCGAGAGCUUCUGAAUCUAGCUUGCCCGAGAGACAGCGCGAGUCCGAGAUUUUAAACAGGCCAAAACUGAUUGGAAUACAGAAAAAAAUACCACCUGGAGCUGGAAAGCAUUUUAAGAGCAAACUUCGUCCUCCAACAAAAGUUGAACAACAUCAAACAGCAAAGUCAUUAAAAGUACUAAUGAAAAAUCCAGAUACAAAAAGUGCAGACAUGCAGCCAGAAUCGGAAGAAGCCAAAGUCAAAUUGAAUGUAUCGAUUCAAAAAGAAAGUGUUACAGAAGAGAACAGUAAUAAUAAAACUGUAGAAGCUGAGAAAUCUACUGUGUCCUGUCCAAAUGUUACUAAUGAACAUGUUGAGCUUACUUCCGAGCAGACAUCAAGCGAACUUCAAAUUUCCAUGAAAGCUGUCCAGGAAGUAAUUGUGGAGAACAAAACCGUUACUGAAGAAAAAGAGGGAGUCUUAUUAGGAAAUGUUAAUGUUGAAACCAAAGAGGUGGAAGAGCAAGAUGCAAAUGACAUUAAACUAACAUUUGAAAUUGAACAAAAUAUGGACAAUGGAGAAAAAUUGGAUGAUAAACAAGCAAAGGACAAUAGUAAGGGAGAAGAACUACCUCUGGUACAAGAGGAGAUGAAGAACGGUAUAAGUGAAAAAGAAGAGCUGCAAAGUGAGUUACAAACCGAUAACGAAAGCUAUUCAGUCGACAUUGUUGAAUCUACAACAUCGGACGUAUCCGAAAUAUCGGAAUCUGUUUCUCAGAGCGAUACACAGAAGGAUAAAGAAAGAAUUGAUGACACUGUAAAUAAUGCAUCAUUUGUUUCUUACGAUUCAUCUAUAAUGUUAAAAGACGUAAAAGUCAGACUGAACGAUUGUUUGAAAGAUAAUUCGAAGCUCUAUGACGUAAGCAACACGGAAGAAUUACCGAAUCAAGUUUUGAAAGACAUGUCAUUUGGAAAAACGCUAAGAAACAUUUCGGGAAGACAUUCCAUCGGUAGAAUGCGUCAUGUUACUUUGCGUGAGAGAAGGAUAUCGCCGAAUAGUUCUCUUUUCGUGAAUACAUCGACUAUGUCUAUGCCACAGGAUGAAGGAACAGAAUCUAAAGUCUUGCAUUAUGGUAGUGGUUCACUAUCCGACAGUUUCUCUACGAACGGUAGCCCAUUGAUCAGGAAACGUAAAAUUGAAACAGAAAAUUGCAGCUCGGCGAAAAAACAGAAAAAUGAUGAAGAGAGUAAUAGUAUAUUUAAUACAUCCAUAAAUUUACUGAAAGGUUUGCGUAUACCUAGUAUGCAGGUGUCCACGCCGAAACCCACAUCUUGCAAAUUCGAAUCUACCAAGUUAGAUAUUAGUGGGAUAAAGAAUGAUGACAAUAAAAUACUGGCUGAACCAACCGAGAGUACAAAGAAAUGGUGUGUCAUCAUGUAAAUUCUUAUGGUCAAUGUGUUAUUAUACAGAAAAAGAAGAAAAUAAUUUUUAUAUUUUCGAAAAAAUAGCAAAAUGUAUGCAAUCAGAAGCAUUUAUUUUAUUUUUUUUGCUAGUAAAUGGUUUGUUUUCAAAUUAAUUAAAAAUAAUUGUAUUCUUUUUUAGUGUUUCUAAAAUUUUCUUGAAUAGAUAUAUUUGUUCUAAAAUUUUCGGAAGUUUUUUUCAAUGUUAGGAUAUACUGUAUAUUUUCAAUAAUUAAAUUGGAAGAAUUCGAUGAUAUUUCCACCUUGUAGACUGCUAAAAAUGUUUUUUAGUACAUAAUUUUUUCGUUUCAAUUUUUAAAUAAAAUUAUCUAGGAAGGAACAAAUUGUGUAACUAAGAAAAAUAAUUUUUUUUAACCUUUGACAUUACUUAUUUUAUGAAUAAAGACCAAUCAUAGGUUGAGACAUGUAUUGAAAUUAAACACAUAUUUCUGUACACAUUUGGCUUUUUAUGUGUUUAAUUUUAGUAUGUGUCUCAACCUAUGAUUUAUGAUUUAUAAUUAUUUUUAAUGUUAUUCUUUAAAUAGAUCAUGAUAAAUACAAGUUUUACGUCAAAUAUUAUAAUAUGCUUCUGUAAUGUUAAUCUAGCAGAAUGUUUAAUUGAAAAUAGUUUUUUAAAUAUUCAUUUCUGCAUACAUUGUACUCAUUGCUAUUAUCAUUAAAAAAUUCAUAUUUUAUAUACGACACUUAUUCAUACAAUGUAAUAUCCAUAUUAUAUAACAUUAUAAAGACAUAUCCCUCCGUUUAGUUCUUACUGCAAUCCAAUAUUUAUAUUGUUAAUUUAUAAUUCGCCGAAUUGAUAAAAAAUAUACAAAAAAAUAUGUUGUAUUCUACACAAAAUGAGUUACGAACAAAUUUUUAAAAGUUAUAAUACAAGUAUUAUAUACAAGUAUAUAAUAUAGUAUUAUAAUACAAAAUUACAUAUUUUUUUAGUUAUAAUAAAUUGUUAUACAGAUAAUUGCAAUGUUAUUGCAUUUAUAAUACCAACAGCUUUUUAUAUGAUCUACUUCGUCGUAAUGAAAUAUUGUUGAUUACUAUAAAUAAUCCAUAACAUAUAUCAUACAAAGAUUUAAUAAUUACAUAUAUAAUAUUAGAUGGAUAAUUUUUUAAUUGAUAUAGAUUUAUUCUAUAUAUUUUUAAAGACAAGACGUAAUUAUUUGUAUAACUUAUUUGGUAUAGAAAUACUCAUUUUUAUUGAAAAAUGUUAACAUCUGUUGCAACUGUAAAAAUCAGAGGUGCAAAGUAAAGGGAUAUGAAACUGUAUAUUAUUAUGCAGUAUAUCUUAAAGGCAAAGCUAAGAAAUAACAAAAAAACAUAUACCUUUAAAUUAAAUUUCAUUUUAUAUGCAUUUUAAUUGCUAAAUUUUUAUAUUCAUGACGUCUGUCUCUUGUUUGCCGUAGAUUUAAAUAUAUUCUUAUGUCAUCUAUUGAGGAUGAUAUUACGUUGCUUUUAUAUUAAAUCUUUGUUGGGAUAUAUACAUAGCAUAUAUCAGGCUAGAACUAUUACUUCAACCUUCCAUUAUAUAUUAUAAUAAAUGAGGAUUAGAGACGAUAAAUAAAUUUGACCAAAGUGAUUUUUCUUGUCAAUCGAUAUAUUCGUUUAGAUCUGUCGAGAAUAGUUAAUUAAAUGCUAAAAUUGUACACUAUGGAGAGAAAACUUUAUAUACUGCGAAGGUGCCCAAUUUUCUUGUCAAUACAAAAUUGUAACUUAGAUCAAUAAUUAUUCAGGACUAAACGAAUAAUCGUUAAGACAUACUUUUGUACUUGUUCAAUUAGUAGAAGCGUUAGAAGCGUAUUCAAAAAUGUACAUAGAAACCCAUAUGAGAUUUAUAAAUAAACUCUCGAAACUGCAA